AUGCGGAGAAGUCAUCGAAAAUCCCGAAAGGGAUGUCUCGAAUGCAAGAGACGGCACAUCAAGUGCGACGAAACACGACCGCGAUGCAUCAACUGCCAGACCGUUGAGAGAGAAUGUUCCUACCCCAUUCUACCCGGCAUCAGCACCGGCAGCGAUGACCUUUCAAGGUCCCCGGCCGAUUCCCUCUCGGUCGCCGCAACUCCACCCUCCUCCGCCUCUGCUUCCGUAGCCUCUUUCUCCGGCUACGGUGGUUCCACCGCCACCACUCCCAUCCCUGUUCCCGGCCCCGAACCCGGCCCGUUCAUGCCGGACGUCACUCCCUUCCCAGCGCCCAACCAAGACUCGGAACCACAAUCGCCCAACGUCAACAUGGUGCACAUGGAGCUCCUGUACCACUACACCACCGACAUCUUCCUCACCUUCCCUCCCGUCGGCGACACCGUCCGCUCGCUCACCAUGCACCACGCCCUCCGCGAGCCUUACCUGAUGUACCAGAUCCUGGCCCUGUCCGCCCGCCACCUCUCGGUCCUGCGCCCGCACCGCGAGGCCUUUUACCACCACCACGCCAUCCAGCUGCAGACGCACGCCCUGACGCUGUUCAACAGCAUCGACAUGGCGCACUUUGACGCGUGCAUCGAGAACCGCGUCCCUCUUUUCUUGUUUUCUUCGGUUCUGGGGUUUCACGCCCUCUGCGAUACGCUGUCCUACAGAGACGCCGAGUUCCCGGCUACGCUGACCCGUUUUGUCGGUUACCUGCACCUGCACCGCGGUAUCUACGGGGUCAUGGAGGGUCAUAUGGAGGAGAUGAAGCAGAGCGAGCUGAAGCCGAUUAUCGAGAUGGGCAUCCGCCUGUACGACACGCGCGGCUCGGGGCCGGAGUGCGAUGAUAUCCUGCGCCGGCUGGGGGAGAGGUUUUCCCGAAUAGAUGAUGAGGAGGAGGGGGAGGUGAUGAAAGGGCUGAGACAGGCGGUGCAGCAUUUGCAGGUCAUCUUUGAUGCCAUGCCCAGUCCGGCUAGGCAGGUACAGAUGUUGUUGGCGUGGGGCACCAUGUUGACGAAGCCGGUCAUGGGCAUGUUGGAGGAAGGGAAGCCGGAGGUAUUGGCGGUUUUGGCGUAUUACUUUGUUUGUCUGCACUUGUGUCGGAAGGUGUGGAUAUCGGGCGACUCGGGGAGGUUUCUGCUGGAGAGUUUGGCGAGGUAUAUGGCGUAUUUGGGGCCGGAGUGGGAGGAGUGGAUAGAGACGCCGUGUAGGCUGUUGAGAGAGGCGGAUGAAAUGGAGGCGAGGGCGGGGAGUGGUGAGUUUGGGAUAGGCAGUCAGGAACAGCAACGGCAGCAGUACCAGCACGCAACACUCCCACCCAACCCACCAACCACCAUUGGCUCGUCUACCAGGACCACCACCACCAUCACAAUGUCCACCAGACCCAAAUUCACCAUCUCCCAACCCUCCUCCGCCUCCGCCUCCUUCGAAGCAGCCCGCAUAGCCCAAAUCCACCUCCUCGCCAUGCAAUCCAACCCGCUCCUCCACGCCCAAUUCCCCACACGCAAAAGCCAAUACGCGCUCGAAUGCUUUCUUGCCAGAGACACUCAGCAAAAGAUGAUGGGUCCACUCCAAACAUCGACCCAAAACCGCGAUGAAGGCAUAUGGGUGGCCAGGCUUGAAGGCGAGCGCGAGAUGGUCGGGUUCAUUAGGUGGGAUUAUCCCCCUUUGCCUAAGACGUCUCGUAAAGCUUUGGGAGAUGAUAAGAAGAAGAAGAAGUUGGAAGAAGGGGAGAUUAAAGAGCUUGAAGGAUGCAGGAGGGAGUAUCUAGAGGAGUACGCUCGGUUGGCAUCGGAGGCUAAAGAGAGGAGUGGGUUUAUGAAGAAAAGAUGUUGGCAUCUAACAUUCGUCUGCAUCGACCCCAAGUACCAAGGCCGUGGAGCCGGGUCUCUGCUGACGAGACGGUUGCUUGAGUUGGUGGAGGAUGCGCAGGAGGAGGAUGAAAAGCUGCCGGUGUAUUUGGAGAGCACGAUGGAGGCGGUUCCGAUGUAUGAGAGGCUGGGGUUUGAGGCUGUGGAUGGGUUUGACAUGGAAAUACCUGCCCCAGGAACGAGUGCUGGUGAGGACACUGGUAAGGACACGGGGGAGAAAGUGAUGUAUAGAGAGGUUUGUAUGUGUGCAUCAACGGCGGAAGGAGCGGGCGGUCCAAAGUCAACCGGCGAGGCUCAAGAAUCUCAGUCGCGACUGCCGAGUGGAAACAGCAUCAUGAAGUGUCAUGUGCGCUGCAAGUGUUCAGAGUUUUCUCGCUUCCACCGCCUUCCUGCUUGUGUAACAUCAACCGCAACAUUCCAUUUUUUUCAUUCCCUUAACAACCUCCUUCGCAAGCUACCCGCAAAGUCACCACCAAUCAAGACACACCACCCGACAACUUGCAUCUCGAACCAUACAAUCAUCUUACAUGCCGCUCCUUGUACUCUUCGCAAUACCUUCAAUGCUUCAAUGCUCAAGACCUGGACGUCAAGAUGUUACCCACCAGAUUUAGCCGUUCGCCUAGCAAAUCUAAGAAACUAUUAG